AUGAGCGAGACAAUGCAAGUCGUCCGCUACUACCCACCUGGCUCUUUUGAGAAGCUACGAUACCAGACAGAGCCGGUCCCAGGUGCUCCUGGUGCAGGCCAAGCCGUCAUCGCUGUGCAUGGCGUUGGACUGAUCUGGCCCGAGCUGACUUGGCCGAUCUAUCAAUCGCCUUCUGGGGAAUAUCUCCCGCAUAUUCCGGGCCAUGAUUUCUCUGGUGUGAUUAGCUCGGUCGGCUCUGGAAGUGACCUGAAAGUCGGCCGGGAAGUCUACGGACUGACAAGCCGGCGCAACCACGAAGGCGCCAUGGCGCAGUAUGUCAAAGCGGACGUGGACCAGAUCGUUGCAAAGCCGAAGAACUUGUCCAUGAUUGAGGCGGCAGCUGUGCCUUUGAGUGCUCUCACAGCUUGGCAGGGACUGUUUGUGCAUGGAGGGUUGAAGAAGGGCCAGAAGGUGUUGAUCACUGGUGCAGCUGGAGGGACGGGCGUUUGGGCCAUGCAGUUUGCGAAGUGGGCUGGUGCUGACGUCGUGGGCACUGGUUCGGCAGAUCGCAGCAGAGAGAUUGUGGAAGGCUUCGACGUCAAAUUCGUGGACUAUAAGACGACCAAGCUGGCAGUUGUGGCGACGGACAUGGAUGUCGUCUUGGACUGUGUUGGUGGUCAAGUGACGCACGAGUGUCUUGACUUGGUCAGGAAGGAUGGUAUCGUGGUGAGUAUUGCUGGAUUUGAUUGUGCUGAGAGUGCAAAGGAGAAAGGAGUUCGAGGAUCGUUCUUCAUCGUCAGGAUGGAUGCGGACCAGCUGAAUCAGAUCACCAAGUUAAUCGAAGAUGGAGAAGUCAAGGUCUUUGUCGACGCAGUAUAUCCUCUGGAGAAGACGAAAGCAGCAUUUGAGGCCGCCUCGGAGGGUCAUGUGCAUGGGAAGGUGGUCAUCAAGGUUGUAUGA